AAGAGCGGGGGUGGUGGCGGCGCCACGUCCGCUGCGGCGGCGGCGGGAGAGGGUUCAGUUGGGCCUCGUGAAGGCUCCCGGUGACCAUGGCCUUUACCCUGUAUUCACUACUUCAGGCAGCCCUGCUGUGUGUCAACGCCAUCGCCGUGCUGCACGAGGAGCGCUUCCUUAAAAACAUUGGCUGGGGAACGGACCAGGGAAUUGGUGGAUUCGGAGAGGAACCAGGAAUUAAAUCUCAGCUAAUGAACCUGAUUCGAUCUGUAAGAACUGUAAUGCGAGUGCCAUUGAUAAUAGUAAACUCAGUUGCUAUCGUACUGCUUUUAUUAUUUGGGUGAACAACAAUGGGAGAAAUGGAGACCCA